GGUGGGACCCGGCCAGAGGGGCGGCGGAAGCCCGCGCUGCAGGCUCGGCAUGGCGCUGCGCGCCGACCAGGUGAGCCUCAUCGGGCAGGUGUUCGAGUCCUACGUGCUGCAGCACCACCGGGACGACAUCCUCGGCAUCCUGCGCCAGGGGGACGACGAAGCGCACUAUCCGGUCCUCGUCGACGCCCUGACGCUGUUCGAGACCAACAUGGAGAUCGGGGAGUACUUCAACGCCUUCCCCAGCCAGGUGCUGCCCAUCUUUGACGGAGCGCUGCGCCGGGCGGCCAUGGCGGUGCUGCAGGCUGCCACACCAUCCCCGGAGCUCCGCAUGAAGCCCAACCUCCACGCCAGGAUUUCAGGUUUGCCCGUUUGCCCAGAGCUGACUCGAGAGCACAUUCCUAAGACCAAGGAUGUGGGUCACUUCUUGUCUGUCACUGGGACUGUCAUCCGUACCAGUUUGGUGAAAGUGCUGGAAUUUGAGCGGAGCUACAUCUGCAAUAAGUGCAAACACGUUUUUGUGGCUAAGGCUGACUUUGAGCAGUACUAUGCUUUCUGCCGUCCAUCAGCCUGCUUGAAUGAAGAGGGCUGCAACUCAACCAAGUUCACUUGCCUCUCUGGAACAUCCUCCUCUCCUACCAGCUGCAGAGACUAUCAAGAAAUCAAAAUUCAGGAGCAGGUUCAAAGACUGUCUGUCGGAAGCAUCCCUCGUUGCAUGGUGGUUGUUCUGGAAGAUGACUUAGUGGACAGUUGCAAAUCUGGAGAUGACAUCACAGUGUAUGGAGUGGUAAUGCAGAGAUGGAAACCUUUCCAUCAGGAUGCACGUUGUGACUUGGAGCUUGUUUUGAAAGCCAACUACAUUAAAGUAAAUAAUGAGCAACUAGCAGGUGUAAUAAUUGACGAAGAAGUCCGCAAGGAAUUUGAAGACUUCUGGGAAAAGCAUAGGAAUAAUCCCUUAGCAGGGAGGAAUGAAAUUUUGGCUAGCUUAUGUCCUCAAGUGUUUGGUUUGUACCUGGUGAAGCUGGCUGUAGCCAUGGUGCUUGCUGGUGGUGUGCAGAGGAUUGAUGCUACAGGAACUCGAAUCAGAGGUGAAUCGCAUCUUCUGUUAGUUGGAGACCCAGGAACAGGGAAAUCUCAGUUUCUCAAGUAUGCAGUGAAGAUUACACCACGGUCUGUGCUUACUGCAGGAAUUGGAUCUACAAGUGCAGGUUUGACAGUGACUGCUGUGAAGGACUUUGGGGAGUGGAACUUGGAAGCUGGAGCACUGGUGCUUGCAGAUGGAGGCCUUUGUUGUAUUGAUGAGUUCAAUAGCAUCAAAGAACAUGACAGAACCAGUAUCCAUGAAGCAAUGGAGCAACAAACCAUCAGUGUAGCAAAAGCAGGUUUGGUAUGUAAGCUUAAUACAAGGACAACCAUACUGGCAGCAACAAACCCCAAAGGCCAUUAUGAUCCUACUGAGUCUGUCUCUGUCAACAUAGCUCUUGGCAGUCCCCUGCUGAGCAGAUUUGACCUGGUCUUAGUGUUAUUAGAUACAAAGAACGAGGAGUGGGACCGCAUCAUUUCAUCUUUCAUCUUGCAAAAUAAAGGUUGCCCUAGCAAAUCAGAAAGGCUCUGGAGCAUGGAGAAGAUGAAAACCUACUUCUGCCUUAUAAAAAGGAUACAGCCAAAGUUGUCUGAUGAGAGCAACCUGAUCCUUGUACGCUAUUAUCAAAUGCAGCGUCAGAGCGACUGCCGGAAUGCUGCCCGCACCACCAUUCGCUUGUUGGAGAGUUUGAUACGCCUUGCAGAAGCUCAUGCCCGCUUGAUGUUUAGGGAUACUGUGACUUUGGAAGAUGCUGUAACUGUGGUAUCAGUGAUGGAGUCUUCUAUGCAGGGAGGUGCACUUCUUGGAGCCAUCAAUGCCUUACACACCUCAUUCCCAGAAAACCCAAUGGCACAGUACCGAAUGCAGUGUGAACUCAUAUUGGAGCGACUGGAGCUGCAACAUCUUUUGCACAAGGAGCUACAAAGACUUGACAGAUUACAAAAAGGAAAUUCUUGCCAGUUACAGCCUGAAGAGACAAGCUUCAGUGCUACUACAGGAUGCUUGAGCAAAAAUACAUUUGAGUCAAAGCAAAAGUCUCAGUCAGAACCUUCAGAUCAACAAAAGAUUGACUCCUGUCCACAGCCUUCUUUGCCCAAAAGCAAUUGUGAAGGAGAUGAACACCCAGAAACCUUAUGCAACCCAACACCUGGUAACAACAUAGGUACAAAACGCUUGCUUAACCUUAACAAGACAGGUGAUGAUGGCAGCCUGGGAUGGUUUGACAGCCUGGAGGACAGAAACGCUGAUGCUGAAGAAACUUUUUGGAAGACAUCUCCAGAUAAUGUGGCUUUAAAAUCCACAUCUAAGCCCUCCUCUUCAGAGGAAAGAAAUUCUUCAAUCCCAAGGAGAGAAAAUGAAAUAAGAGGGUCACUAACAACUGUUACUCUGUGUGCUUCUUUGGAGCAAGACAAAGGUUCUGAGAUAAGCAGCAAAAGGACUGAGGAACACAAAUGUUUUUCUUCAGAAACAAACAUUCAAGACCCAACGUUAACAAGUGCCAGUAUGCAGGAAUCAGUUAUUACACACCGGGUUUCUAAAAGCCUGCAGAGGCUGCGCACAGAGAAAUCACAUGGAUUCUUUACUAGCACACAGAACUCUGAAGCAAAGGCCCUUCCCUCAGUAUUACCUGUGUCUGGCCUGCUGGAUCUUUCAAGUGAUACAGACUCAGUAGUAGGAGAUGAAAAUAAUAGUGCAUCUGCAGCAGCAAAACAUGCAGUAAUUUCCAUGAGAAAACGAAGUAAAGGUCAAGCAGGGAAGGAAGCAAAGACAGUACGUUCUCAUGAGCCAGAAAUUACUGGCAGUGAAAGUCCUCCAGCAGUUAAACUAGCUAAAUUUUCUUUCAGACGGAGGACAAAUCAUGAUCAUUCUUCUGAGAAGAAAAAUGCAGAAUUUUCCCUUUUUCCAAGUGAAAAUACUGUUAAACCAGGAGAGCAGCUCCAGGGAGAGCAGCUGCCAAAAAAUUGCUGCCCACCUGAGAAACACAAGAUGACACUGACUCGCUUAGGAAAAAAGAGUUUGGAAAAGCAAUCAACUGGUAAUAAAGGGAAUGAAGAGCAGCUGAGUCAGGCCUUAGGGAAAGAGAUGGGAGGAAAUGCACUGCUGCAUUCUGAUGUCACACUUGAUGUGUCACCUCCACCCACUGAAAAAAGAAGAGAUGGAGAGGAGAAGCUUGGUGGUCCAAGCGCAGUGAGAGUAUGCUCCAGCACAUUAGAAAACCUCUCUAGGUUCUGCUUUGUGUCACGUCCUGACUCAAAAUCAGAAACUCCACCAACUGUCAAGACUGACACUAACAACAAGGAAAGCCACAGCCCAUCGCUGAAGGUGCCUGUGAGCAAUCCUAAUAAAAGGAAGAGUUUUGCAUUGGGAAACGCAAGUAAAGACAGUGCGGUCACCCGAAAAUCUCUCUUCUCAAUAGCAGAGCUGGAUGAUGCUGCAUUAGACUUUGACUGGGAUUAAGAGUGCAUUUUAUGAAUGGGAUUAAGAGGUUAGGAAAAACCCAAGUUUGUAACGUGUAUUCUCCAAAUUACUUAACACAUAGCUUUUCUGAAUCUACAUCCUUCUGUUAAUUGUAUCAACAGUAUCCAUAGGCUACUAAAGCAUUUAAAAAUAGUCUUGAAUGCCUGUUGAUACCAAUGAACAUACUUUAAGGGCUGCAUACUUUACAUCAGCCAAAGACUGUGUAUACUACAGGCUUUAUGUGGCUUUUCAUUUUAUGAAGUCUUCCCGAGAAUGCUAAUGUGGAUUGACUGUUCUGAAUGAUCUGAUUUAACCCAAAGGCUCAAAUGUUUCAUAUAUCCAGAGUACAGCGGCAUUAGCAGAAAAGCAGGUUUAAUUGUCCUUUUUUUUCACGUAGCAGUUGGAACUAUGUGUGAUACAGAUCGUCCUUUUGAGUGACCGCGCUACUUUGGAAAAAUGAUGAUGCUAAAAGCUAUGUCAUUAUGUUUUGUUUCCCUAUAUAUGUUUGUUUUCAGCAUAGCUAGCUAUAUUGUGAUUUAUCAUCAUGCUGUGCUGAAUAUCCCCAUAUCAUCAAUAUCAUAGCAACUUUGCUACAUAUCUGGCUACUGUGUUCCUUAUCACACUGCUGAUGUUGAAGAUAUGUAUCUAGGGCUUUUUAUUUCCGAUUUUUUUUUAAAUUAUUAUUUUAUUUCAGUUUUAAAUACAUUGAUUCAGAUGUUUGUAUCUGUAUUCUGGGUCAUUUUAUCAAAACCCAGUUCUGUAAUAAACAGGUAGUUCUUCAUGGCAGAGAGAACAAAUUUCACGUAACUGGAACUUCUCCGCAAUCAGAGCAACUUUAAUGCAGGUGUUAAGCCUUGGCAUAUAAACUGCACUUCAGACCUAGCUUCAUGGUGAAUAGUUAACCUAGCACAACUUAAUUGUGCCUCAGAAAAUGUUUAAUUGACUAUUUAAAUUAUGAUUAGUGUUUUACUACUAGUUUACAUCAGUUUACAUCUGAUACGGUUUACCUUCUGUGGCAUGCUGCAAUCCUAUGUAAUUCAUUUGUCUGAUUGGAAAUUAAUCUACUAGUGUAUUACGUGUUUACAGAGAGAAGCAAGCCUUGAAUUUCCUUCCAUGACUUGUCAGGUAUGUUUCUUCUGUGUUUGAAUUCUCCACAGAAUAUUCUUGUAAUUACCUACAAGGUAAACAGAGAAUGAAAUGGUUGCUUAUGGCACAGUAAAUCCUUUGAGAGUCUUGCUAGCACAAAGAAGGUCUUAUUUUUCUUGAUUUGUUUAAAAUUAGCAGUAGCUCCCUUGAAACUGGG